UUUAUCUUUUAUAUAUAUAUAUAUAUAUAUUUUUUGUAUUUAUUUCUACUGUAUGUACAUACACACUAUUUAUACUGCUUGUACACACUCUUUAAACUUAUACUGUGUGUACAGACUACUUUCAUGUACACUGCUUGUAAACAUUUUUUUAUUGCAUGUACACAAUAUGUAUACUGUAUGUCGGCCUACACACUAUUCAUACUGCAUGUACACACUAUUUAUACGGCAUGUAUACACUAUUUAUACGGCAUGUACACACUAUUUAUACGGCAUGUAUACACUAUUUAUACGACAUGUACACACUAUUUAUACGGCAUGUAUACACUAUUUAUACGGCAUGUACACACUAUUUAUACGGCAUGUACACACUAUAUAAUAUAUUAUGUAUGUAGUACACACUUUUUAUACGGUAUUUUUUUUAUUGUAUUUACAUAG